AAAAAAAAAAAACAAACAGAAAAAAAGAUAAUCGCAAAUCAGAAACCCUGGAGGAAGAAAGAAGCAGCAAGAGAAUGAGAUCAAGCAUGAUGGAGGUUGACGAAGGAGAUCCUCCAAAGAAGCCUUCUUCUUCUCAAUCUCAGCUAAACCUCCCGCCGUCGAUGAAUCGCCCCACGGUCUCACUCGAGACCCAACGAAUCAACCGUUUAAUCGACUCAAACCGUUACCACUCUCCCUCCAAACCCAUCUACUCCGACCGGUUUAUCCCCAGCAGAUCCGGUUCUAACUUCGACCUCUUCGGCCUCGAACCGCCGUCGCCUGACAAAGAAGACGGCCCCGGUUCUUACGCCGGUAUGCUCCGGACCGUGAUGUUCGGACCGGACACGCCGGAGAAGAGGGAUGUGGUGACUGGGUUCUCUCCGUCGAGGAAUAUUUUCCGGUAUAAGACGGAGACGCAGAGGCCGGUUAACUCUUUCUCGCCCUUUGGUGGUGGGUCUGGUGAUGAUGACGAGGCUUCUCCCGGUGUUAGCCGUAGUCCUUUGAAGCCUACGAGGAAUAUUGUUAAGUCGGCUUAUAAGGUACUGGAUGCGCCAGCUCUGCAAGAUGAUUUUUACUUGAAUCUAGUGGAUUGGUCGGCACAAAAUGUUCUAGCUGUGGGAUUAGCCAACUGCGUUUAUUUGUGGAAUGCUUGUACUAGCAAGGUAACUAAGUUAUGCGAUAUCGGGAUCGAUGAGAGCGUUUGCUCAGUCAGUUGGGCACUACGUGGAACACAUUUGGCGAUUGGAACUAGUAGCGGAACUGUUGAGAUUUGGGAUGCGUUGCGCUGCAGGAGAAUAAGAACAAUGGAAGGUCAUCGACUACGAGUUGGAGCCUUAGCAUGGAGCUCAUCUGUUCUGUCCUCCGGUAGCAGAGACAAGAGCAUACUUCAGAGAGACAUACGGUGUCAAGAAGAUCAUGUCAGUAAACUAAAAGGUCACAAAUCCGAAGUCUGUGGACUCAAAUGGUCUUAUGACAACCGCGAGCUAGCCUCAGGCGGUAACGACAAUAAGCUUCUUGUAUGGAACCAACAUUCAACACAACCGGUUUUGAGAUACUGCGAGCACACAGCAGCGGUUAAGGCCAUUGCGUGGUCACCGCAUCUCCACGGACUUCUUGCCUCCGGUGGUGGCACUGCUGAUAGAUGUAUCCGUUUUUGGAACACAACGACUAACACUUCUUUAAGUUGCGUUGACACCAGUAGUCAGGUGUGUAAUUUGGCUUGGUCUAAGAAUGUGAAUGAGCUUGUGAGCACGCAUGGAUACUCCCAAAACCAAAUCGUCGUUUGGAAAUACCCAACCAUGUCUAAAUUAGCAACUCUGACGGGACACACGUUCCGUGUUCUGUAUCUUGCUGUUUCACCAGAUGGACAGACGAUCGUGACAGGAGCAGGAGAUGAAACUUUAAGAUUCUGGAAUGUCUUCCCUUCCCCAAAAUCUCAGAGCAGGGAGAGCAAAAUAGGGGCCUUGUCUUUUGGUAGAACAACAAUCCGGUGAAAUCUUGAGAUGAUUAUUUCAAUCACCGAAGAAGAAAGGCAAACACAUCCGUGUGUUAGUUGGUCGUCCUAACCAAACCUUACCAUCGAUUUUUGUAUUAUUUUAUAAUAUAGAUGCAGUAUUAAUAUUAGUGGAGAGUGAACUGAAGUUUUUUUAAUGUGGUCUGGGAUUCUUUUAGAUUUGUGUAGAUUGCAUUAAUCUGUGUAUAUGAUAAUAAUUUUUUAAUUAGAAAGACGAUUUCUUCUUGCCCAGGGUUGUUUAGCUUGUGAACUUUAAGAUCUUGUACUUUUUCAUCAUUUUGCACUA